GGUGGGGUUGGGAGGGGAGAUGGUGGUGGUGGGGGGGAGGAUAGUGAGACGGAUGGGAGGGAGGCGAAGAAGGUUAGGACUAGUUUUGGGGCGAGGAAAUGAGGCUUCUCUUGAGAGGUGGGUGGGUGAGAUGGGUUUGUGAGGUGGAUGGGUUUGUGAGAUGGGUGGGUUUGUGAGAUGGGUUGGUUUGUGAGAUGGGUUGGAGGUGGAGGGGGUGCUGCUUUUGGGGUUUGGCGUUCUUGGGGGAAGGGUUUGCAGAUGGAGGUUGGGACAUACCCCUUUGUUUAAUUGCGCGUUGGCCGGAGAGGCUAGGGGGGAUAUGGCGUUUGGGAUGUUCUGGGAUUUACGUGGGAAAGAGAGGGAGAGGUCGAGGUAUAGAAGGCGGUGGAUGUCUGUAUGUAGUAGGCAUGUACUUAGACGGAAUUGAGGGUUGUCAACGGCAUGUAGUUGGGAGUAUGUUUAUCCAUGCAUUCUAGUCCACCC